CGUAAAAUUGCCGCACUUUGCUGUGGGUCACCCGACAGCCACUAAUUCUCUUCUCUGUCACUGAGAAAUAUAGUGGACCAGUUCCCAGAAAUUCGUUUAUUAGAACUAUGGGGCCUUGGUUUGCGCGUGCGCUUCAGCGGGGAGGGGGGCAGGGGGACCCGCUGGACGGAGAGCAGAGGCGGGGCUGUGACACCAGUUCCGGUACUGGGGCGUCUGUGGGGCGGGGUUGUAGUGCCCUAUCCGUAGCGCAGUCAUGGCGAUUUUUAGCGUGUACGUGGUGAACAAAGCCGGCGGCCUGAUUUACCAGUGGGACAGUUACUCGCCACGGGCUGAGGCUGAGAAAACUUUCAGUUACCCGCUGGACCUGCUGCUGAAACUACAUGACGAACGCGUGCUGGUCGCUUUCGGCCAGCGCGACGGCAUCCGGGUGGGCCAUGCAGUAUUGGCCAUCAAUGGCAUGGAUGUAAAUGGCAAGUACACGGCUGACGGGAAAGAAGUGCUGGAGUAUCUGGGUAACCCUGCGAAUUACCCAGUUUCCAUUCGAUUCGGCCGGCCCCGCCUUACCUCGAACGAGAAGCUUAUGCUGGCCUCUAUGUUCCACUCGCUCUUUGCCAUUGGUUCCCAGCUAUCUCCGGAACAGGGCAGUUCAGGCAUUGAGAUGCUGGAAACAGAUACAUUCAAACUGCACUGCUUCCAAACACUGACAGGGAUCAAGUUUGUGGUCCUGGCAGACCCUAGGCAAGCUGGAAUAGAUUCUCUUCUCCGAAAAAUUUAUGAGAUUUACUCAGACUUUGCCCUCAAGAAUCCAUUCUACUCCUUGGAAAUGCCUAUCAGAUGUGAGCUGUUUGACCAAAACCUGAAGCUAGCUCUAGAGGUGGCAGAGAAGGCUGGCACUUUUGGACCUGGGUCAUAGGAUGAACGUGGAAUGGACCCCCUAAGAUGAGAUGUGCUCCAGAGGGCUUUGCUGUUUCUACUCAGUGAGGAUCCUAUUGCAGCAGCCUUGCUAAUAUACUUGAAAAUGGUAGAACACUGAGCCUGGUGAUGGGGACAGAUCCUGGGUUCAAACGCUGUGUUCUCUGCCCCUCUGUAUAUACCACAGUCCUGUGCCCUACUCUGUACAGAUUUAUUUAUGGAAGAAGCUGGCUUAGCAAUGCUGUAAUAAACAUUCCUUUGUUCUAGUG